UAUUAAUUUCUUCUAUUCAUUAAAGAUGGCGCUGACCAUGUAAAGUUGAAGUUCAUAUUUAUUUGUAUGUUUUAAGUUUUUAUGUCCGUAUAUUAAUAAUUUAUACUUUGAUCCUUGACGUAAACGUGAUACAAACAAUAUUCAAAUGCGAUAAAAAAUUUUAAUGAAGUCAUACAAAUCAAUUUGAUUCCUUUAGCAAUAUUUAUGUCGAUGUAUGUAAUAGGAAAAGUUUGGUGAAUUCAUUUUGAUUCUUAUUAAUAUAAUUUUUCAUGUAUAUACAUACACAUAUAUAUAUAUAUAUAGACAUAUAUUAUAUGUAAAAAAACAAGAAACAAAGAUGGAUAUAAUAAUAAAAUUAAAUGAACAAACUGCAGGGAGGGAUAAAAUUAUCAGAUUGUUACAAUAUGGAAGUAGAACUUGCUGGUAUUACGCACAAAAUGUAAAGAGUACAAGACGAUCUUCUGACGUUCUACGUAGUUUGGAAUAUACUUUUAGUUCUUUCAGAAAAUUACUUCGUCUUGGAAGAUGCUUGGACAUCUUGUAUUCAGCACUUUCAACAAUGAAAUAUCCAGAUUUAAUUGUAAGAAUUUUAUUGACAUUAUCAAAAAUUGCCAAUGCUUUGUUCCUUUUAGCAGAUCAUAUUAUUUGGGUAGGCCGUGUAGGAAUCUUCCGUGUUGACAUAGAAAAAUGGAAUAAAGUUGCUAAUAAAUAUUGGUUAAUGAAUAUUAUAUUAAAUUUAGUUAGAGAUGUCUAUGAAAUUGUUAAAAUUUUAGAACAAGAAAAGUUCUAUUCGUCUAGAAGAUUUUCCAUGGUAUCUAAAUGUAAAUCGAGAAUUAAUUAUGAUACAUUGUUAUAUUUAAAAGAUCAUAAAGAUAUUGUUAUGGAUACUAUUAAAAAUGGAUGCGAUUUAUUUAUUCCAUUAACAGCAUUAGGCUAUACUAAGUUAACACCUGGAGUUAUAGGUAUCUGUGGAUUGAUUUCUUCAAUGGUAGGAAUUUAUACAUUAGUUCAUCCGUUAUAUAAAUUAAAGCCAUCAUAAUUAUAAUAUAUUAAAUGUAAGUUGUAAAGUG